CCGGGCAGCGGCGGAGCCUGCGGGAGCGAGCGGGCGACGGGAGUCAGCCAGGCCGCCUUGCGCGGGCAUUGCCCGCCAUGGACCAGGACUAUGAGCGGAGGCUGCUGCGGCAGAUCGUCAUCCACAAUGAGAAUGCCAUGCCGGGUGUCCCCGAGAUGCGGCGGACCCUGACACCAGCCAACUCCCCAGUGUCCUCACCCAGCAAACAUGGGGACCGCUUCAUACCCUCGCGAGCUGGGGCCAACUGGAGCGUGAACUUCCACAGGAUCAACGAGAAUGAGAAGUCGCCCAGCCAGAACCGCAAAGCCAAGGAUGCCACCUCGGACAAUGGCAAAGACGGCCUGGCCUACUCAGCCCUGCUGAAGAAUGAGCUGCUGGGCGCAGGCAUUGAGAAGGUGCAGGACCCUCAGACGGAGGACCGGCGGCUGCAGCCGUCCACUCCUGAGCACAAGGGCCUCUUCACGUAUUCCCUCAGCACCAAGCGCUCAAGCCCCGAUGAUGGCAAUGACGUGUCCCCAUACUCCCUGUCCCCCGUUAGCAACAAAAGUCAGAAGCUGCUGCGCUCCCCACGGAAGCCCACGCGGAAGAUCUCCAAGAUCCCCUUCAAGGUGCUGGACGCCCCUGAACUGCAGGACGACUUCUACCUCAACCUGGUGGACUGGUCAUCACUCAAUGUCCUCAGCGUGGGGCUGGGGACCUGCGUGUACCUGUGGAGUGCCUGCACCAGCCAGGUGACCCGGCUCUGUGACCUCUCUGUGGAAGGGGACUCAGUGACCUCCGUGGGCUGGUCUGAGCGAGGGAACCUGGUGGCUGUGGGCACUCACAAGGGCUUUGUGCAGAUAUGGGACGCUGCCGCUGGGAAGAAGCUGUCCAUGCUGGAAGGCCACACGGCGCGAGUCGGAGCACUGGCCUGGAAUGCUGACCAGCUGUCCUCUGGGAGCCGUGACCGCAUGAUUCUGCAGAGGGACAUCCGCACACCACCUCUACAGUCAGAGCGGCGGCUGCAGGGCCACCGACAGGAGGUGUGCGGCCUCAAGUGGUCCACUGACCACCAACUCCUCGCUUCAGGAGGCAAUGACAACAAGCUGCUGGUGUGGAACCACUCGAGCCUGAGCCCCGUGCAGCAGUACACAGAGCACCUGGCUGCUGUGAAGGCCAUCGCUUGGUCCCCUCACCAGCACGGGCUGCUGGCAUCAGGUGGUGGAACAGCCGACCGUUGCAUCCGCUUCUGGAACACGCUCACAGGCCAGCCACUGCAGUGCAUGGACACUGGCUCACAAGUGUGCAACCUGGCGUGGUCCAAGCACGCCAACGAGCUGGUGAGCACACAUGGCUACUCUCAGAACCAGAUCCUGGUGUGGAAAUAUCCAUCCCUCACUCAGGUGGCCAAGCUCACUGGCCACUCCUACCGUGUCCUCUACUUGGCUAUGUCCCCUGAUGGUGAGGCCAUUGUCACUGGUGCUGGAGAUGAGACCCUGCGGUUCUGGAACGUCUUCAGCAAAACCCGCUCCACAAAGGAGUCCGUGUCAGUGCUGAAUCUCUUCACACGGAUCCGGUAGACCUGCUCUGGACAAGCAGCUCCAUCUGCAUCAAUGGACUGGCCAGCACGCCCGGACCCUGCUUCCUGCCCCAUCUUCAUAGCAGGCAGCCGGGCGCUGGGAGCUGGGCCCAGACUUGAACAGUGUAUUAAAUGCCUCGUUGUGAGCCUUGGCCACAGUGUCUAGGGCAGGGACAUGGGGACCCUUAGCCAUGGGCCCCAUCUACCUUCCCAAAGGGCCCCGGCCCAACCUCACUCAAGCCAGGGACAGCUGCGUGAUGGACGUCCCUGAAACCAGGUGCCAUGUGGGGCUGCUCUGCCCAGAGCCCACAACCUCUGUCACCACUGCCCGAGCCGCGUCACGCACAGCCGAGCAGGAGCCUGUGACCCUGCCAGACACAGAUGCCCAGUGUCCCAUGGUGGGGACCCAUGGGCCUGGGCUGUCACCCCUCCUCCCCCCAGAGGCAGGGACUCUCACUCAUCUCCCAGUGAACUAGCACCAUGGGCGGUCCCUGUGCCCUGCAUAUGUGUGUCUGUGUCCAUGUUCCCUUCUCUUGUGUGAUGGCUGUCCUUGCCUGGCCCAUCUUGUCCUGGCCUUCUAAAAGCCUCUUGGUCAUCCCUGACCUUGGAUCCCAUCUUGUGCCUCCCUGCUCACCAGUGGGGACAUACGGUGGUGCUGGGUGAUGGCGAGGCCGUGACAUGUUGUAUAUAUGUGUCUGUGACUCCUUCGGGCUGUUCCUGUGGUUUCUUAUCAGUUCUACGAGGGCUGGGGCUUUGCUAGUCCUCACCUCAGCCCUGCAUCACCUCUAGCCCUGGCCACUGGCUGCACCUGCUCACACCCACUGCCCUGGGCCUGGAGCAGACAGACCAGACAGCAUGGGUGUCAUGAUCAUGAUUGAUCACGAACUUGUUUCUGUUGGAAGUUUUAUUCGUAGAAAGGCCACCUGAGACCUCCAGGUUCCAACCCCAGCACUGCACACCUGUCAUCCUGGCUGGAGGAUCCAUUCAGGGCCACUCCUGUACAUGUGACCUCUAGGAGAACACAAGCCAAACAGUCUGCUGUGGCUCAUAGAUGGCAGGGCCCUGCUGGGGAAGACAAAGUGUGCUUACGCAGGGCAUGGAUGGUGGGCUGUGGACUGUCCAAGGGUGGCCUUCACCCUUUCGUGGAGUUACGCACCUGCUCAGCAGAUUCCCCCAUAGGGCAGACCCACAUGUCUGCUGUCAGGGUUCAAGGACAAGACUUCUCCCAUGAAAGCGAUACCUGGAGGUGUCCCUUAUUCUGUCAUGACUGUGGUGUGCAAGGGUGGCCAUCUGCAGACACUUGUGAGCAGCAGCAGUGGGAGACAGAUGACUCUUACGGGUCCCAUGGAGCAGGUAGCUCUGGCCACUGUGAUGUCAGAUAGGACCAUAGGGGAGGAGGAGCUGGGGAAUUCGAGUCAGCCCUGGCUGCUUGGGGGGGGCGGGGGCAGGAGCUGGAUUGUCAGUCUUCCAGUGGAAAAUGGGGGAGUGUGAGACUUGGGGCCCAGGAGGUGCCCUGAGAGAAUGUGCUUGGAAGGAAAAGGAUGAGGGGUGGCUGUGGAGGGCUCCCUUUCCUACCGUUGUGGAAGCCAGGCUUUGCUGGAACCACGUCUAGGAGACCAGUCCAACGAAAGAGGGGCCGUGUCUGAAGAAAGGAGGGUUGGCAGCUCUCCCUGGCUCACUACACCACCAGCUGAGCUAGCCAGGAACCUGGGGUGGGGAGCGGAGAGGGAGACAAGGCGGGUGCCCUAAGGAAAGGGAAAAGAUAAGUGUGCUGAGAUGGGCAAGGGUGCCAGGUUUUGUCGGAGACCCCCAGACAGCAGGCUGAGGACAGGCUACUGCCCUCAGUGUAGAGGGAAAGCACCCGACCCAGGCCAUGAGCAGGUAGAGGCUGCAGCUGCUGGUGGGCUCUGCGUGUUGGUUGGCUUUGGCUGGGUUUACUUUUCUUUCCUGAUUGUGAUAUGCGUACAAUAUAUGUGAAAGUGAGCA